AUCAUCAUCAUCAUCAUAUAAAAAUUCAUUUUGCGCCUUUCCAUUUCAUCAUUUUGUUCCUCUCAUUCCACCAACCCUAAAAAAGCCAAACCAAUAUUCUUCUUCUCGAUCCACCAAUCUCCGACGAUGACGUCACUCGUUCGACGGAGCUCCGAUCUCCUGAAACCCCUAACCACCACCGCCAUGAAAUCCACCACCCUCCGCCGUCACUAUUCCACGGACGACACCACCACAAUCACCGUCGAAACAUCCGUCCCCUUCACCGGCCACAACUGCGAACCGCCAUCACGAUCCGUCGAAACGACGCCGUCUGAGCUAAUGAAAUUCUUCACAGACAUGGCGUUAAUGCGCCGCAUGGAAAUCGCAGCCGAUUCGUUAUACAAAUCAAAACUUAUCCGCGGUUUCUGUCACUUAUACGACGGACAAGAAGCUGUAUCUAUAGGUAUGGAAGCAGCUAUAACAAAAAAAGAUUGUAUAAUAACUGCUUAUAGAGAUCAUUGUAUAUAUCUGGGGCGUGGGGGGACUUUGCUUGAAUGUUUUGCGGAAUUGAUGGGGAGAAUUGAUGGAUGUAGUAAAGGGAAAGGUGGGUCUAUGCAUUUUUAUAAAAAAGAUGCUUGCUUUUUUGGUGGGCAUGGGAUUGUUGGGGCUCAAGUGCCGUUAGGUUGCGGUUUGGCUUUCGCGCAGAAAUAUCGGAAAGAAGAUCAUGUUACUUUUGCUAUGUAUGGUGAUGGUGCUGCUAAUCAAGGCCAGUUGUUUGAGGCUUUGAAUAUGGCUGCGCUUUGGGACUUGCCUGCUAUUCUCGUUUGUGAAAAUAAUCACUAUGGUAUGGGUACUGCUGAAUGGAGAGCUGCUAAGAGUCCUGCUUAUUACAAGAGAGGUGAUUAUGUUCCUGGACUGAAGGUUGAUGGUAUGGAUGCUUUUGCAGUCAAGCAAGCUUGCAAAUUUGCAAAGGAGCAUGCUUUAAAGAAUGGACCCAUUAUUCUGGAAAUGGACACCUACAGGUACCAUGGUCACUCUAUGUCUGAUCCUGGUAGCACCUACCGUACACGUGAUGAGAUUAGCGGCGUCAGACAGGAGCGUGAUCCUAUUGAAAGGAUUAGGAAGUUAGUACUGGCUCAUGAUCUAGCUACUGAGAAAGAACUCAAGGAUAUAGAGAAACUGGCUAGAAAAGAAGUUGAUGAAGCAAUUGCCAAGGCCAAGGAAAGUCCAAUGCCAUCUGAACCUGAACUCUUCACCAACGUUUACCGUAAAGGAUUCGGGGUGGAGUCAUUUGGAGCAGACAGGAAAGAAUUCAGAGCUACACUUCCUUGAUUGCAAUAUGAAUCAACAACAUUUCAUGUUCACUUCUGCUGUGCUCAGAUGACAAACAAGAAUAAUGAGAACAGAGAAACAAAAUAACAAAUUUAAUUGCUGUCCUGCUUUGCUUUACAUGUAUUUUGUGGUCAUGUUCAUGGCAAAAAUAGUUUUGGCAGCAUCGGUGACAUGAUUCUUUUUUGGCAAGUAUUAAGAUGCUGCUUCCUUUGUGCUAUUGGAGCUUCAUAUACUUCGACUUGUAAAAUGCAAUGUUUGUGUGAAGCCUGCUAACUCUGUUUUUGGCUGUGGUUCAUGAUCCUUCCAUGGGUUGCCCGCAAAUAUAUUUGGAUUUUUUUUUAA